GGAAAAUGGCGGUGCAGGCGCGGCUGCGGGUGGAGGGCUCCCAGCUCCGCCUCUGUGACACUCAUCGUGCUGGGAAGCCGCGCUUCGUGGAGGGCUCCAUCGUCAGGAUCUACAUGGAGAACUUCCUAACAUAUGACAUCUGUGAAGUACAUCCAGGACCGAACUUGAACAUGAUUAUAGGCGCUAAUGGAACAGGGAAGUCAAGCAUUGUUUGUGCCAUCUGUCUGGGUCUGGCUGGAAAACCUUCUUUCUUAGGACGGGCUGAAAAGGUUGGUCUCUUUGUAAAGCAGGGGUGUUUGAAAGGUCUAGUGGAAAUUGAACUGUUUAAAGUACCUGAGAAUAUCAUUAUCACACGUGAGAUUCAAGUAAUGACCAACACAUCAACGUGGCAUAUCAACAAGAAACUAACAACCCUGAAAACAGUAGAGGAGCAGGUUGCAGCAUUAAAUAUCCAGGUGGACAAUUUGUGCCAAUUUCUUCCUCAGGACAAAGUUGGAGAAUUUGCAAGAAUGAGUAAGAUUGAAUUACUUGAAGCCACUGAAAAAUCCAUUGGUCCUCCAGAAAUGUAUCAAUUUCAUUGUAAACUGAAAAGCUUAAAAGAAAAAGAAAGAGAACUAGAGAAUGUAUGCAAAGACAAAGUCAACUCUUUGGAAAAAAUGAAACAGCGGGCUGAACGAUACAAACAGGAUGUUGAUAGAUACCAUGAAUGCAAGCGCCAUCUAGACCUGAUUGAUAUGCUUCAGAGAAAAAGACCUUGGGUGGAAUAUGAAACUGUUCGUCAGCAACAUGAGGAUGUAAAACAAAGGAGAGACCAGGCCAAGGAAGAACUGAAGAAUCUGAAGGAAAUGCAAUCUCCACUGACAAAAAAAAUACGAGAACUUGAAGAAUCUUAUAACAGUCUGAAUAUGAAGAUCAGAAAUACGGCUGAUGAAAUCAAAGAUGUUUCUCAAAAAUAUAAAGAAAAGCAAGAUGCACUGGAGAUGAAAGAUAAGCAAAUUUCAGAAAUUAAUCAAGCUCUCAGGAUGAAAAAAGAUGAAGAAGCGGACAGAAAAAAGAAAAUACUAAACGCUUAUAAGAUGAUAGAUGAAUGGAACAAUGAACUUAAUACAGUGACAGACUGUGAGAAUCUUCAGCCACAAAUUGAUACUGUUAACAAUGAGCUGAAACAUGUACAGGAAGAAAGGGCAAAUAUUGACAGUGAUAUUGGUGAUGUAACAACAGAGAAAAGAAACCAAGAGAGGGAAAAUGAAAGAAUAAUUGAUCGCAUUGGACAACUUAAUAAUAUAAUUAAAAUGAAGGAAGAGGCUCUUCAAAGGAGAUUCCGAGACACGCACUCUGCUCUUAUGUGGCUAAGAAAGAACAAACACAAGUUCAAAAAAGAAGUUUGUGAACCUAUGAUGCUUACAAUCAAUGUCAAAGACAAUAAGCAUGCCAAAUAUGUUGAAAAUCAUAUUUCAACCAAUGACAUGAAGGCUUUCGUUUUUGAGAGUCAAGAAGAUAUGGAACUGUUUCUUGUGGAGUUGCGUGAUCGUCAGAAACUGAGAGUGAAUGCUGUGUGUGCACCUGAUAAAUCGUGUGCUGAAACCUUACCAUCAACACCUAUUGAAGAAAUACACCGAUAUGGAUUCUUCUCAUAUUUACGAGAGUUGUUUGAUGCUCCUCUUCCUGUGAUGAGCUACCUUUGCUCCCAGUAUCAUGUUCAUGAAGUCCCUGUGGGAACUGAGAAGACCAGAAACAUGAUUGAAAGGGUCAUAAAAGAAACUAAACUUAAGCAAAUUUACACAGCAGAAGAAAAAUAUACCAUUAGAAUAUCCAUGUAUACAAAAUUAACCUUUUCUACUAAUGUGUGUCUUAGACCAGCUCAGUUUCUCAAUUAUUCUGUGGGUACAGAUGAAAGAAGACAGCUGGAAAAUCAGCAGCAGAGUAUCAAGCAUGUAUUACAGUCAUUAGAUAAGCAGUUAAUGACAUUGUGUGAGAAACAGAAGCAUCUGGAAUGCAGGGACAAUGAGCUACGGCAACAGAAGAAGGAGCUGUUGGAGAGGGGAAGCAGAAGGAAACAGCUGGAAUCAAAAAUUGCUGUGAAAUACGAUAGUAUAAGACAGCUGGAACAAAAUCCUAUCAACCUAGAAAAGGAAUCUCAACAGGCAAAACUAAAGAUCAGAGCCAUAAAUACUCAGAAAGCAAAACUUGUUACAGAAUUAAUGUGUCAUGUAAAGAAUUAUGUAUCACUAAACAUCCGCAAAGCAGAUUUCAUCCUUCAGAGCACUGCAGUGGAUGCUGAGAAGAACAGACUAGAAGCAGAGUACAAGGCAGCAAGUGUAGAGCUGCGAGCUUCAGAGCAACGUUUUCUUGAACUGGAUGAGAGAAAGCGGAUGCUUACAGAGAACUGCAAGGAGUUGCUGAAAAAAGCUCGACAGAUGUGCAAUAUGAAUCUGGAUCAGCAUCUUCCAAAAGAGUUUCAAACGGCUUUUCAGACUCUUCCAAACACAUUGGAGGAAAUAGAUGCUUUUCUGAAUGAAGAGAAAUCAAGAGUCUCCUGUUUCACAGGCCUGAGUGCUUCAGUUGUUGAAGAAUGCAGUAAGCAAAUGGAGGAAAUACAAAAGUUGAUGGAAGACAUAGAAGAAAAUAAAAAGGAAUUGGAUAACUAUAAGCAAAGUAUUUCAGAGAUAAAAGAAAGAUGGUUAAACCCCUUGAAAAAGAUGGUUGAGAGCAUUAAUGAGAAAUUCAGUGGCUUCUUUAGUUCUAUGGAAAGUGUCGGUGAAGUUGAUCUUCAUGUGGAAAAUGAGGAGGAGUACGACAAAUACGGAAUUCGCAUAAGAGUCAAAUUCCAUAACUUCACUGAUCUUCAUGAAUUGACUCCGUAUCAUCAGAGUGGAGGUGAGAAAAGUGUUUCAACUGUCUUGUACCUGAUGGCUCUACAGGAACUCAACAGGUGUCCUUUCAGGGUUGUAGACGAAAUAAAUCAGGGCAUGGAUCCAGUGAAUGAAAGAAGAGUUUUUGAAAUGUUUGUGAAAACUGCUUGUAAAGAAAGCACAUCACAGUACUUCUUAAUUACACCCAAGCUCUUGCAGAAUCUCACUUACAAUGAAAGGAUGACGUUGCUGUUUGUCUACAAUGGACCUUUUAUGGUGGAGGCAAACAAAUGGAACUUAAAGACUUUCUGUAGGCGGCGGCGGCGGCUUGGAAGGACGGAUGAACAGUGAUACAUACCCUAUAUAUAUGCAUAUACACACAUAUAUAAAAUAUUUGGUGUUUUUAUAGAAUGUUUUAUAACAUCAGUCAUUCAGAUCUUCAGAAAUUGUAAAAGAUGAGAAACUGCAAAGGGUCAAUUCUUAAGAGAUUUGUAAAAAUACAUUGGAUUUGAAAUGCGUGAUUUUUUUUAUAUCUUUCAUAGUGGCUUGUUUAAAUAAUAUUUUAAAUAAAAAGGAAGUUUCUUUAUUUUAUUACUUUCAGUAAUAUAAAAAAUAUGUUUAAUUGUUCUAGGUUAUAUUGGACUAAACUGAUGUUUGUUUUUCUAAAAGUUUGGAGUUUACUUUUAUUAAACUGUAUUCCCCUCACAAAGUUAAGGAUGUUCCCCAACUUUUCCAACUGGAUGGAAAUGGAAAGUUUUUGAAUGAAUAAACAAAUGAAACAGAA